CCUCCGCUGCCCGGGCUGCGCGCAGGUUCCGCUCGCGGCGCGCGCUCUCUCGCCCCUCCCCGCCUGCAGAGCCGUGCCGCAGGGUGUCCGGCCGGGGGCGCGCGGCGCUGCCAGGGACCUGGCCCGCGGGUGGCAAUGGUGGUGUUCGCGGUGCCUGCAGAAGUCGCUGUGAUCCUGCUGGAUAUCGAAGGCACCACCACACCUAUUACCUAUGUCAAGGACACACUAUUUCCGUACAUCAAAGAUAAUGUUAAAGAGUACCUACGUGCGCACUGGGAAGAGGAGGAGUGCCAGCAGGACAUCAGCCUUUUGAGGAAACAGGCUGAAGAGGAUUCCAACUUGGAUGGCGUUGUGCCUAUUCCUUUAGAAACUGGAAAUGGAGAAGAUGAAGUGGAACAGGUCAUCCAAGCUGUAGUAGACAAUGUGCACUGGCAGAUGUCCCUGGACAGGAAGACCACAGCAUUGAAACAGCUGCAGGGUCACAUGUGGAGGGCAGCCUAUGCAACUGGACGCAUGAAGGGAGAAUUCUUCCAGGACGUGGUUCCAGCCAUUAGGAAGUGGAGGGAAGCAGGAAUGAAAGUGUAUAUCUAUUCUUCAGGGAGCGUGGAGGCCCAGAAGCUUCUGUUUGGAUACUCGACAGAAGGUGAUAUUCUAGAGCUCUUCGAUGGCCACUUCGAUACCAAAAUAGGUCACAAAGUAGAGAGCGAGAGUUACAGGAGGAUUGCCUCAAGCAUCGGGUGUUCAACUAACAACGUUCUCUUCCUGACGGAUGUCACUCGAGAGGCAAAUGCUGCAGAAGAAGCAGACAUGCACGUGGCUGUGGUCGUGAGGCCAGGCAAUGCAGGGCUAACAGACGAUGAGAAGUCGUAUUACAGUCUGAUCACGUCUUUCAAUGAACUGUUCCUGCCUUCCUCCACUUAGGAGAACUUGUGUACCUGCACAAUAGACCAAACUACACCCGCUGGAA